UCGCCACUUCGCAUUUCGUUUUUCAUUUCUUUUUUUUUUUCUCUUUUUUUCUCGAUGCGGCGAGUUAAUACACGCUCUAACGGAAUUUUUUCGAUAAAGUCUUUCCUCCUUUCCUUUUGUAUUUUUUUUUUCUCGGUCGAAGAUGGAGGAGGAAAGGAAAGAGAGAGGAAAAUAGUGUUUAAGAGCUACGUCGAUAAAAGUUGAGAGAAGUAGAAGGAGAUAGAAAUAGAAAUAGUGUGUUUGAAAGGAAAAAAAAGAGAGAGAGAGAGAGAAAGACAAAGUGUGUGUUUUAUUUCUUCUCAAUUUUAUUUCUUUAUUUUCUAUUUCCACCAUUGUUUCAUUAUUAUUACUGUUAUAAUUACAAUUAUAAUAAUUAUUAUUAUUGUUGUUAUUAUUAUUGUUGUCAUUAUUAUUAUUUAAUUUUUAUUUUCAUUUAUUUUUCUUUUCUCUCUCUCUCUCUCUCUCUCUUUUCCUUUCUGUCAAAUUUUCUAAUCUCUUCUUCUCCUUAACGAACAUUUUAUUAUUGUGUGCAUCUAUUUCUCGUUCUCGGAUGGUAAUCAUCCCUGAAAUAAUUUCAACUCGUCGAAAUUAGCCAUCGAUAAGAUUUAGUAAGACCAAUUACAUAAUCGAGCAUCGAUCGUGCUCGGUGCUUUGAACGUCAUGUACCUUUCUUAUCGAACAACUCUCAUGUGUGUACGUUAUUUUCGAUAACCGUAUUUAUAUAUGUGUAUGCGUGUACAUAAACGCGCACGCGUGUGUAUGUGUGCAUAAUCGUAUAUAAGUAGUACUCUCUUAAUUGUUUCGUUUCGAUCGAUGUUUAAAUUUCUAUGUAUAUUUGCAAUUUUCGAAUGUAUGUAUAGUAGUAUAACAAUUGUUCGAUUUCAAACAACAAUUGACGAUCGAUCGUAAAACGAAAUGGGAAUUUUUAAAUAGGAGGUGAAGGUUAUGGGAGAGAAUAAAAAAGAAAAUGAAAAAGAAACGAUAAUGAACGAUAAGAGGAAAGUUUAUGUAGUAUAGUUGAUGUUGCAUGAAGUUACGCAAAAAGAGAUUAUAUAUAUAAUGAUUCGUCAUUGGAGAACGCAUCGAUCGAAAAACGAGAAGUAGAUGCGUUAUUAGAUACUUAUACGUCGUGUUGAGUGCGCGAGACGGAUUCUUCUCUACGUUGUGGAAAAGUUUAAAAAGGGCGGAGGGAAAAAGUCAUGCAGUGGCGCCGACAACGGAGGGUUACCCACGUGAUCGGCUCCUCCAAUCACGUUUUGCUUUUAGCGAGGUACCAAGAUGCUCCACCAGGAGAGGAGGACGAAGAAGAAGGCUUACGAAACGGAUACGUAAAAGGUCAGCAAAAUGACACGAGCCCUCAUAACUUUGAUCGAAAUGGACAGGCUGAGUAUAAACCACGAAGGAGCGUUGUUGGAUUCAGUGGUAAUACUGGUUAUGCGAGUGGAACAUCAAGAACGAGAAGAGACGAAUCGACAGGCUCUCUUUCCCAACCUAAAAUUAUAUUCAAUGAGGACGAAUAUACGAGGAUUACAACACCAAGACAAGAUGUUCUCUUCAAGAAGGGUUACCUAUCCCGUAAAAAACCAUGGGCUAGUAACACUAGUACCAGUGCUACACCAUCAACCACUGAGAGUCAGUCAGCCUCGCAUUCAACCGCAGGUAGAGGUAUAGAUGGCAGCGAAACAACAGAGGAUCAACAAUUAUUGGACAGGGAUACUGCAGCUGGAGAAUAUCCUCCAGGAAUUGAUCCAACGGCUCAAGUUGGUUAUGGAACAUUUUACGAUCAUGCCAGUGGUUAUUAUUACGAAUAUCCGGUGAUGUUGGUUGGACCUGCACCAGUUCCUGCACAAAUUGGACCUAGUGUCCUUGCGGCUCUCCCAUGCGGUUCGGUACCUUUAAGACCAAUAGAAUGGAUCAAUCCAGCCUUUGUACCAAAACUAUCUGGACAAUCUUAUUGCUUGAUGGACUCCAAUGAGAUUCAUUAUCAGAGUGGUCAAAGUACAGAAAGUCAUGCGGUAGUAACAGAAGAACAUACCAAUGCUUUAGUACCGGUGGAAAAUUCUAAUGGUAUUUGGAACGAAAAUGGUACAGGAAGUGCAAGUUGCAAUGAAAGUAUUGCCGAGGAAGCCGAAGAACAACAAGUAGAAGAAACUAAUGUGAUAAAAGGAGGAAUUGCCAAGGAGGAUAAUCGAACGGAAGAAUUUUAUGGUGCAGUGGAUCAAUGUCCAAUGAUAGAAGAAAAUAAUGACGAUGGAAAUGGUGCUCCUUAUCUCGAGCCAAUCGUGAUGCAACAACCACCUAUACACCACGUGCCACAUGUGAUACCAGCCAUACCGCAGCCAUAUAUGUAUCCCGGUCACUACAUGUUCGGCCCACCACUGGUCAACGUCAAUGGUGUAACCAUACAAGGAGGACCAAUGAUCAGAACCACCGAUGUUACAACAAUGACGGGAGCAUACACCAAACGAAGAAAGAAGAAAAAGAGUAGAAAGCAAAGAAGACUGGCGUUGGUUAACGCGGAAGACGAAGAGGAAGAAUACAGUUCCGAAGGAGAAAAUGGUUUAUCGUCUUCCCGGACAUCUUGGUCUACUACGUGUCCAGCUUUGGUUACAACAACAAUAACGACAACGACGACGGCAACGGCGACGGCGACGACCACGACAAUGGCGAAUCGACCCCUUAAUCCGGAGUGCGAAGAAUUUCAACUUCGUCCGGUCGUCGAACGUGCUGUUUCACCUGCGAUACCACCAUCACCAUCACUAAAACAACAACAACAACAAGAACAACAACCGCAGCAACAUAUUUCUGAAGAAACCGAUCAGUUACUUCAAGCAAAUACAUUUACAGAAGAAAUACAUGAGAAUGGUAAUGAUACUUCUCGCGAAACGAAGUAUUAUAAUACUUCCUGUAAAGAUACGAACAACAAAGAACAGGAAACGACGACAUCAAAUGAAAUACACGAUUCGAAUGUAGAAUCAUUCGUGAAAGAAUUGCUGUCUUCGUCGUCGUCAUCAUCGUUGGUAUCGACGUCGUCGAACAAUCAAAUUGACUCUUUGACUAAUCCAGAGAAUAGACUGAUCGACUACCUCUCUGAUAACGAAAAAGUCGACUCAACGAAAGAGGAGACUACAGACUAUGUAAUUAAUGACGCAAGGACUGAAAGUAAAGCGUCGCAAAGGACUGAUAUUAAAGAUGUUGCUAAUAAUUCGUUCAGUGCCAAUGAAAUAUGCGAACGAUCUAUUAGCGACGUUAAUAAAUUUUCAUCGAUAUUGUACGUGGAACGUGACAAGGAUAUAUUAAUCAAUGGACAAAGAUGUAUAGAUGAAGAUAACGACGAUACGAAAAUAAUAAAAAUUUCUUCAAUGGAAAAUUAUACGUUAUUUUCCGAAAUAGUAAUGUCGUCGUCGUCGUCAUCGUCAUCGUCGUCAUCGUCGUCGUCAUCAUCAUCGUCACCGUCGUCGUCACCGUCGUCGUCAUCGUCGAGAUCGUCGAGUCAAUUAGAUCUCGAGGAAGAAACGAUCGUAAUUAAUAACGUGGAUAUCCGACAGGCGCAAGAAACUUCUGAAUUGUUUGAUACAAAGGGAACGACAAUGAUCGUAUCUACGAAGAAGUACAAUUCGAAGGGUACAAAGUUCAUGAGAGAAGCAACACCUGGUCCAAACUCGAAUAACAGUAAUAGUGUGGUAGUCGAAUGCGAUAAAAGUGUCAUAUUUGAUGCAAUUGGUAAAGUUGAGAAUGCACAAGGGACGACACUUUCACUAACGUUCAAAUUGGAAUCCGUAUCCGUUGUUGAAAAAGAUAAAGACGAAAUGGAAGAUCGAGUGUCGAGCGAAUCCGCAUUUGAGACUGCAAGAGACCAUGUCGAUAAUAAGACUGUUAGCGAGGACGUUGCCGAAGGUUCUAACGAUGAUUCUGGUUUUGAAACACAAACGCGUCAGCCUGAAUAUCACAUAACCGAAGCUGUAACCGAAUGGUUACGGAGAGCAAAUUCACCAGACAUAUUCAUUAAGACGUCAGUGAUUAUUUCGGAUAGCGAUAGCACAGACGAGGAUGACUUGGACGAAGAGCCGCCAAAAAACUUGAAAGGCAACCCCAUACCUGCACUAUCUGUUAAUAGCAACGCCGACGAUGAUGAUGAAUCGUCGUGCAUGGCUAGCUGCAGCGAAUUCGCAAAGAUUAAUAACAACAUCGAGAAUGAUAAGGCGUGCAACAACGAUAUAUCAGCAGUUUCUAAAAGGAAGAGCAAGGAAGCAAUGUAUGUUCGAGGUAUUAAGAAAAUGUCAGGAGAGAGACUCGCUAGGCAUGUUGUAAAUAAAGACGAAAAUAUUCUCACCAAAGCUAUAUUUUCUUCCUCGGAUUCUUGUCAACAACAGGAAGAAGAAGAAGAAGAAGAAGAAGAAGAAGAAGAAGAAGAAGAGAAGGAGGAAGAAGAAGAAAAAGAAUUCACUAACAAAUUGAGAAAUAGAAAUCUGCUGAAAAAAAAUGUUGCUGGGGUUUGCGAAUUUACUGAGAAGGAUAGCGUUGCGGGUAUGAGGGUUGCUAACAGCUCUCGGAUGAAUUUAAAAAGAAACAACGCGAGACGUGCGAGAAAAACUGGAAAAAUUCAUAAAAGACCGGCUGAAUGUAUGAACGUUAAGAUACGACGUAUAAAUGACGUGGGUACGGAGGAUGAAGGAAUUGCAGAGGACACUAUGAACGUAAGGACUUUUGAGAAAGGAGAAAUAGUCGUUUCGAUAGACGGCAAAUUUCUUCAGAUUUCACCGUUUGCACAGUUCGUACAUUAUGUAGAGAAUGUAUCCAAAAAUAUUAAUCAAACAGAUGAGAUGAAUGAUGCUGAUGUGAAAAAGACAAUAGUUGAUACUAAUAAACUAGAGAGAAAAAAGAUGGAUAAGAAAAAGAAAAAUAGUGACGACGAUGAAAUCGAAAGUACAGCGGCUUCAUUGGUUAGUAUAGAAGAACCUGAUGUAUUAGAAUGUUGGGAAGCGGAAACUAUCGAGCCGAUAAUAACUCCAAAGAGAAUGUUGCAAAGUCAUGGUACAUCUUAUGAAGGAGAAGCCGCAGAAGAAGAUAAUUUUCAAACUGAGGCAGCUAUCGUAGAACAUGUACAGAAGUAUUACAGAUUAGCACGUGAAAGUGCUACGAGUAUAGAAGAGGAGCCAUACGAAAGCAAGAUAAAUGUGCUCGAUCUUAAGCCAUUUAACGAAUCCAGAAUGGUGCCAAAUAGUCCUGUUGAAUUGAUCAAAGGUUACCAAGGAGAAGAAAUUCCAAUAUUAAUGCCAAAUGAAAAAGACACGAAUAUCGUGGAAGAACUUAAGAUACCUAUCGAAGAAGCUUUCGAAGUAUAUGAAAGUUGCUACAUGGAUAAAUCGCUCAAUUCGAUCUUUCGAUCACAUAACGCAUUAAAUCGUCAAGAGGGUGAAGGACCUGUACCAUGCAGAGCGGUUUGUUGUAGCAUUCAAUAAUAAUCUUAAAUAACUGAAAACACAGUUAUAACUUCAUUAUGAAUAUAAUGUCUUGGAAAAAGACAAAGAAUAAUGAUAGCUCUAAGGCUGCACAUUUUGAUCAUACUUCUAUGACACUGUACUUCUUCCACAAAUAUUAUAUAUCAAUGUAUAUGUUUACAUCAUUGCCUCGAGAGUGGAAGAUCGAAAUUCAUUCAUUAUAUUAUAUGAUCUAUGCAUUAAUAUAUUUUUAUUAUACAAAAAUCAUGAUUCAAGAAAUGAUUCGAAUGAAAUGACAAACGGAGAUAAAACGUAUAAAACUGUUCUUUCUUUUUGUUUUUGUUCUUCUUUUGUAAAUAAUUCUAUACAUUUUUUCAUAUCUUCAUAUUUCAUAAAUACUUCAGUCAAACGCAUCAGUCACACAUUAUGAAAGAAAAAAAAUAUAUAUAUUAACGUUAUAGUUUUCAAUGAAUUAACGAUUACCACAAUGGUUAGAAACUACUUGGUGCACAUAUUUUUAUUUCUAUGACAACAAAUAUGCAGGUCGUGCAUUUUUUUAUGAUCUUGUCAGGAAACAAGAUUAAUUGGAUAUGGUCAUACAUCAUCUUUAUUUAAUGGAUGGAUAAUGAAGCAUGAUAAAGAAUAAAAAAAAGAAAGAACGAAAGAAAAGAGAAGAAAAGGAAAGCAAAAAUAUGAAGAAAUAAUGGAGACACGCAAAAUGAUACAUUGAUUAUUUUUCUUGUUCUUAUUAAAAAAGUACAUAGUAAGCACGAAACGAAUUAUACUAUGUCUGAGAAUGACUAAAGACAUAUUUUUUACAAACUCCGUUUAAUCCACGAAUUUUACAUGAAAAUUAAAUAAUCAACUUCGUGUACCACGUUAAAGGACCUUUGCUUAGAGAAUACCUUAAAUUUGUUAAUCGAAGAUAAGAAGUAUACAAUAGAAACAAUAGAUUGUAUUUGCGAAUUCAUUAUAUUAUCGCUUCAUUCAAUUUCCUAAGCAGGGGCUUAUAUUAUUAUUAUUAAAUCAAGAAAAAAAAAGAAAAUGGAGAGGAAAGCUCGGAAACAAUUAUUUCUUGUAUGCUUCGAGUAGCGACGUAUGGAUAUUGACAUGAUUAUGGCGUUAUGUUUGGCUAGAUAUAUAUAAUAAUCUAGAUCAAAGACAUAAAAGCAGUAGAUUACGUAGUUAUGUCCUAGCCGUUGAAAAAAAAAGCAAACAAAAAAUAAGUAAUAUAAAAUGUACAUAAGUUAUGCUCAGCGAUGAGCAAGUUAUACUGGUUUAAUCGAAAGAAAUAGAAAGGAUGAAAGUUACGUUGAAAUAGAUACAUAUAUAUAAUUGAAACUAUAGAUGCACACUUUGCUUGUAUACGCAUAUGUGUACUUACACAUGCAAGAAGACAAAAAAAAAUAUAAAAGAAGCUGUUGUUAUGUCAUAAUUCAUAUAUUAGUUUCAUAUAGCUGGAAAAAAGGGAAAAUACCUCAGGUUGGUAAAGAUAUAUAUCUCGAUCGAAAGAAAAAAAGAAAAAAUAGAAAAAGGAAACGUAUGGUUCACUAAUAUCGCAUGUAUCUCAUAUCAUAAUAUACAAACAUACCUCAAAGAAAUGUAUAUAUUUAAAAGCGCUAUUCAUCCAAACAAACAAACAAACGAACAAACACACACACAUACACAAUAUUGACGUCAGGUAUAAUAAUAAAUAACAAUAAUAAUAAUGAUUAAUAAUAAUAAUAUAAUUAAUAUUAAUAUAAUAAAAUAAUAAUAAUCAUUAUAUCGGAGCAACAGCGAUAUAUAGAGAAGACAGUCGUUCCUGCAAUAUCCUAAUUUUUCCAAGGUACAUGAGAAGCAUCGAUUAUUUCCAGGAUAAUCCAUAAAAUUUAUAGUAAUUCAUUCACUUUAAAGUAUAUUAAUGAUAGGAGCGAAUAAUACCGCUAUAUUAAAUGCGCGUUGCAUUAAUUGUGUGCCUUAUUCUGUGGCGGCCAUUUUUGUAACCAGUUCAAAGCAAACUCCUUGAUGAUCAACAAUGAACAAUAUUGUCAAGGAGCUCUUAAGACUUAUUAUUGCGCUCGAAGUCGCGAAUAAAAACAGAAAAUAAACACUUGGCGACAAUGAUUUUAUCUCUGGGCAUGCAUGAUAUAUAACUGAUAAUAUAUAUUAAAAAAAAAAAAGAAAAACAAAAUAGCAAAAAAAUGAAGAACUCUCAUUUAUUCCUUUCGUGGUUACAACUAACGUGCAUACACAUUCGUACGAAUACGUGGUAGGCAUUAAUAUAUUAACGUCUUAUAAAAAAAAAAAAAACGUCACACGUUACCGUACAAUUAUAUUUUAGUUGAAUUUAAAUAAAAAUGUAAGGGAGUUAAGUGUACUUCAAAUUUUGUUGUGUUUUUGUUUAAAAAAUAUGAAUAAAAAGUUGCAAUUAA